CGCCGCCGCACUAAUUAUUGUAAGCCUCCUCCUAUCCCCGUCUUCUGGUUCAUCGUCAGAAAAUCACAUUCUUCAUUGUUCUUGCAGAAGCUGUAAGAUGCUUGGCUGGACGGCAGCGGCAUGCAAAUCUCUGCAACAAGGAAAUGAGCUGAUGCCGCACGGUGACUGUGACCCUACGGUGUGCAGAGGUCCGGCUAUGGCGCCCCGGCAGGCCACCUCGGCGCCUCCGGCUGGGCCGCCGGAGGUGUCGACCACGUCCUCGUCCACGGGGUCGGGGAGGAGCGCGACGGAGGCGAGGGCCCUGAGGAUCCACAGCGAGGCCGAGCGCCGGCGCCGGGAGAGGAUCAACGCUCACCUGGCCGCGCUCAGGAGGAUGAUCCCUGAUACCAAGCAGAAAGAAACUAGCUUUGCAUUAAUAAGAAGUUCAAGCAAUUCCGAUCCACCUUUAUUUAUGUCAGCAUCAGGCACGAGCUUUAUGAAGAAGAACAUUGAAAGCUCGCACAAGUGUUCACAUUUCAUCAGACUUUUUCACCCUGCAAUUCUAUCUAUCUAUGAUAAGACAAAUAAAGUAGGGCACUGCGGUACGCUGCUAUUAUGCGACUUGUCAGGAAAAUGUCUCUUCUCUUCUGCAUUGCAGAUGGACAAGGCCGCCUUGCUAGCCAGGGUGGUGGACCAAGUGAGACACCUGAAGAGGAGAGCCAGCGAGGCCGCGCAGCAAACGCCGGGUCUCCCGCCGGAGGCCGACAUGGUCUCCGUCGAAUUCUGCUGCACCGGGGACACCGACGACGACGAUAGACGCCUCUACAUUAAGGCGUCUGUCAGCUGCAACGACCGGCCGGACCUCGUGGCCGGGCUCAUCCAGGCCCUCCAUGGCCUGAGGCUGAGGACGGUGAGAGCGGACGUGACAUCCCUAGGAGGACGGGUGCAGCAUGUCUUCACGCUCUGCAAGGAGGAGGACGGGGAAGGCAGCGCAGCAGCAGGCCGUGCUGGACUGCAUUCUCUCAAGGAGGCUGUGAGGCAGGCUCUGGCCAAGGUUGCUUCUCCAGAGCUGGUCUAUGAUAGCAGCAGCAGCAGCAGCAAUCAGUUUCAGUUACAGACCAAGAGGCAGAGGGUUCUGGAGUCGCAUUACUCAAUCAUGUCCAUAUAGUAGAUGAUUACCACCAGAAUAUAUCAUCUUGAGGUGUGAAGUGAACUGCUGUUAGUGCUGUAAGAUAAGAUAGAUAGAUGGCAACAAUGGCUGCCGACAUUCAGAUUGCAGAGAUCCUAGCUGUAGCUGAUGACGCCGGCAGGGUAACAUGAUUAGUUUGACGAGUCAACAGUGGUGUCGAUUGGCUGGUACUCUAUGAGGCUGGUCACAAUGGGGAGGAACUUAGCAGUAACAUUACACACUCCAAUACAACUUUGCUUAUGUGGCA